AAGCAGCGCGUUUCGAACUGCGUGCCUCUAUAUAACGGACAUCUUGGUUAUAUUUAAAACGAUCCUUUAUUAUUCUAGAAUAUCAGUAAUGGCUCCACAAAACUUUUGCUCACAUAGCUGUACCAAUUUUCGUGUCGUACCAGCACCUAUGUUAUCAUUGCCGCCAAACCACGUUUUACUCAACUGCAUUUGCCCUUGCGGUACAUACAGAACGUAUUUUACCAUUCAUCGAAACGUUAUAUUAAAUCAAAUGGCAAGAAGUCAACUAAUAACACAGAACAUGCGAUCACAGCUAUAUCUCCAAAGGCUGGAGGAAAUGCAAUUUCAAGCGAGAAUUCUUCGAUACGGAAAUCGCAAGGAACGCGAGACAAUGCAAAUGAAUAACGAUCAAGAAGAAGACAUCGACAGAUAA